GAAAGCAAACAGGCCUCUCUCCUCCACGCAAGGAGCGGGGACACCGGGUCUACGGAGUCCACGGAGCAGCCUGAACUUGUGUAUCGGAUUGCAUUGGCCUCUGGUUAUGAAUAAGAUCUCAUCCCUCUGUGGGAUUCCGGAGCGCAACAUUGUUUCUCCAUCACAACAAAGCAUCCCUUAUGCUUGGAUAAUCCUGCGUGGCUUCUCUCCGCGAACACUGGAGACUUUUUAAAGGAACCCAAUAGAACCCUGCAUAAGAAAAGCACAGCUCACGAUGGUAUUGAUCGCACCAGGCACUAGGAGACCGGUAGAUUUCUUUAAUUCAUUGCUCUUUCUUUGGCAAACCUUGCUUUGGAUUGUAUGUGCUGUGUGUGCAGAGGAGCAGUAUUUUAAUGUAGAGGUGUGGUUGCAAAAAUACGGCUACCUUCCACCAACUGACCCCAGAAUGUCGGUAUUGCGUUCUGCAGAAACCAUGCAAUCCGCUAUAGCUGCUAUGCAGCAAUUUUAUGGAAUCAAUAUCACAAGGACAGCUGACAAAUACACGAUUGAUGAAAACACAAUGAGUUGGAUGAAGAAGCCGCGAUGUGGAGUACCCGAUCAAGCAAGAGGUAGUUCAAGAUUUAAUGUUCGACGGAAGCGAUAUGCCUUAACAGGGCAGAAAUGGCAUCACAAACAUAUCACUUACAGUAUAAAGAACGUCACUCCAAAAGUAGGAGACACUGAAACCCGUAAAGCCAUUCGCCGUGCCUUUGAUGUUUGGCAGAAUGUAACUCCACUGACAUUCGAAGAAGUUCCUUACCAUGAAUUGGAAAAUGGAAAAAGAGAAGUAGACAUUACAAUUAUAUUUGCAUCUGGAUUUCAUGGUGACAGUUCUCCGUUUGAUGGAGAGGGGGGAUUUUUAGCACACGCUUAUUUUCCAGGACCUGGAAUAGGGGGAGACACACAUUUUGAUUCAGAUGAGCCUUGGACCUUAGGAAACCCUAACCAUGAUGGUAAUGAUCUAUUUUUGGUUGCGGUGCAUGAACUGGGCCACGCGCUGGGUUUAGAACAUUCCAAUGACCCGACUGCGAUCAUGGCUCCAUUUUACCAGUACAUGGAAACUGACAAUUUCAAACUACCUACAGAUGAUUUACAGGGAAUCCAGAAAAUAUAUGGUCCACCUGAGAAGAUACCAACACCAACAAAGCCUCUUUCUACAGUGCCACCACACCGGUCCAUCCCACCAGCUGACCCCCGUAAGAACGACAGAUAUCCCAAACCUCCCAGAAACCCUACUGGAGAUAAGCCAUCUUAUCCAGGAACCAAACCUAACAUCUGUGAUGGGAAUUUUAACACACUGGCUAUCCUGCGCAGGGAAAUGUUUGUCUUUAAGGAUCAAUGGUUUUGGCGUGUCAAAAACAACAAAGUUAUGGAUGGAUAUCCAAUGCAGAUCACCUACUUCUGGAGAGGAUUGCCGACUGGUAUAGAUGCAGUUUAUGAAAACAGUGAGGGAAACUUUGUCUUCUUUAAAGGUAACAAAUAUUGGGUCUUUAAAGACACAACCCUUCAGCCUGGUUACCCUGAUGACUUAGUUCACCUGGGGUAUGGUAUCCCCCCUCAUGGAAUAGAUACAGCUGUUUGGUGGGAAGAUGUUGGGAAAACGUACUUUUUCAAAGGUGACAGAUACUGGCGUUAUAGUGAGGACAUGAGAGUAAUGGAUCCUGGUUAUCCAAAGUUAAUCUCAAUCUGGAGAGGGAUACCUGAAUCUCCACAAGGAGCUUUUGUUGACAAGGAGAACGGCUUUACUUACUUUUAUAAAGGAAAAGAAUACUGGAAAUUCCACAAUCAGAGACUAAGGGUGGAAUCUGGUUACCCCAGAUCUAUCCUUAAGGAUUUCAUGGGAUGUGACGAUUCAGCCGAUAAGGACAAGGACAGAACCAGUCCUCAAGAUGAUGUAGACAUUGUCAUCAAGUUGGAUAACACUGCCAGCACUGUGAAAGCCAUAGCUAUUGUUAUACCCUGUAUCCUGGCAUUGUGCCUCCUUGUCUUGGUUUACACUGUGUUUCAAUUCAAAAGAAAAGGAACACCCCGCCACAUACUGUAUUGUAAACGCUCUAUGCAAGAGUGGGUGUGAUUCAAACUCUUGAGAUUGAUGCGGUUACUUGAGAUUCAAACAUCAGAGCUAUUACGCUGUUCUCCAGCUAGAGGCAGGUAUCUGCAAGCUAGGGUCAUGGCUGACCUUUAAAAGAGGUUUUUCGUGUCCUGCACCUGAGUGGGGAUUCAAUCACCUGGGAAGCUUCCAUGAAAUGCGGUUUCUGCUGUUCCUCCACCCCUUUUGUAUUAUUUUGUCAUUCGGUUUGAGGCCUCUCCUCUCUACUCUGAAUUGCUUUCACGAGUGAACAACGAAGAGGAAAAACAUACAUUGCCCGGUGAUAAUAAAGUUUUGUUUUCGUUCCAAAAAAAUAUAUAUAUAUUACUCCAGAUCCUCUGAGAAGUCAUGUGCUGCAAGUACAAAUAGAACUAAAUAAUUCAAUAUUACACAGCAUACAAAAGAAACAAAAACACCCAAAAUUAAGCUCCAGGAGAGUGUGAAGACCCCAAACAGCUUUGUUUCCAAAGAGGAUUGUUUCUCUGUUUGCUAUGGAUAGAUACCCACCAUGGAUACGUGGGGAAGCAUUGUCACGCAGGACCUUGAGACUGUUUGGAUAGCCUUUUUCCAGCUUACAAGGGGCCAAAAUAUCUGCAAUAUAGUAACAGCCUUAAUAAUACUGUCAUCUUGUGUUUUCUACAACUUUUUUCUGAGCUUUGUCCAAAAUGUUUGAAAAACAUUUAUAGUCAUUAAUAUACUGAAAGCGAACUUUUUUUUAAUAUAAGUUUUAUUUUGUUUGUUUUCUGUUUGAAUCAUAUUUAAACAAGCUGUAUCCAAUUUGCCUGGGGCCCUUAGCAGGUCUAUCAGGAACACUCAUUUGUAAGCCUAGCGGGAAUCUGUAUGUCUCUGAAGUGGAUUGCAAAGAGCGCCUGCGAAAUGGCUGUCAUGUUGUGAAGAAAAUUUCUAAAAAGUAUUACCUUUUUGUAACCCUUUGAGUGCAACUGUACCGGUUUUCAGACUCUGAACUAACUCUCAGCUUGCUUGUUUCUAGAUUAUAUGAAUGUUGAGAAAUAGUAGACAAGAAUUGAAGUACACAGAAUACAGUACGUUUCAUAAAAUAAAUAUUCAUCUGCUUCCAGAA